AUGGAGCGGGCCCGUAGCAGCCCAUGUGUGCGCGCCAAAGCAGCGCCAAAGCAGCGCCGGGAGAAGUCUUUUAGCCGCGAUCCGGUGGCAGAUGUGCGAGUUCGACUCGGUGACUUUGUGUUCCUACGGUCUGGCAGUGGCUUCUACAUGGACGUUGAGAACUCCCGUGUACGAUGCCGAUUCGACAGCCCCGGGCAGUUGCAGCAGCAGUUCCAGCUGUGCCCGUACCUCGGCUCCGCGCCAUCAGCCGCCGAUUCACGUUCGUGGCCCCCAGAAUCGCUGAAGCUCGUCAAUGCCAAGACCUUUAACCACCGCCCACUGAAAGACGGAGACGUGAUCUGCCUUCUUGCU